AUGUCUAGUGGUAGAUAUGGACUCGUCAGUGAUAAACAGACAGGUGCCGUCGUUAGGAUUUACCUUCGCAAUCCGGUACCACUGAGUUCUUCUAUGGUUGCCAGAUUGCAGUAUCUUGAUGUUUCUUCUGAUUUCUUCGGUUUGAGUGUCAAUGAUUUUAGCUGGGUGAGUAGGCUUGUUUCAUUGAAACACCUUGAGAUGAACCAGGUGGACCUUUCUCUUGUCAACUCAAACUGGUUGGAAGCCGUAAACAUGUUCCCUGAUUUGAUAGAGCUGCACUUGGCUACCUGUCAGUUUUCUUGUUCCAUUUCGUCUCUCGAUGUCGUCAAUUUUACUUCUCUUGCUGUUUUAGACCUUCAUUUUAAUAGUUUUGGUUCCAUGUUUCCAAAUUGGCUUCUCAACCUUAGUAGACUCGAAUAUGUCGAUUUUACCUACUGUAACCUGAGACGAAGGAUUCCACUUGGCCUUGGAACUCUGCCAGAAUUACUUGAUGGAGCUGAAACUUGCACUUCUGGCAAUGCAUUUGCUAAUUUCUCUAACCUAGAUUUGAGCAAUAAUCAAAUGCCUGGUACCAUACCAUCAUCUCUUGGGAAUGCGAAAAGAUUGAGGAACAUUGGAUUAUCAAUGAACAAAUUACAAGGAACUCUGCCCAAAACUUUUGGUCUGCUAAAUGAGCUCGUUGUUCUUGAUGUUUCUUUCAACCAGUUGACUGGCAUUCUCUCUGAAUCUCAUUUUGCACAGCUGACUAAACUGAAAAUAGUCCUUCUUUCUGGAAAUUCCUUCACUUUUAAUCUUGAAUCUCAAAAGGAGAUGAAUUUCCUAGACAUUUCAAAUGCCAGCAUCUCAGGAUCUAUUCCUCCAUGGUUUUGGGAUGUCUCCUCAAACCUUUCCUUGUUAAAUGUUUCUUUCAAUCAAUUAGAAGGGCAGCUACCAAAUCCACUGAAAGUAGCUCCUUUCGCAGAUGUGGAUUUCAGCUUUAAUCUCCUUUCAGGAUUUGUUCCGUUUCCUGUUGUGGAAAUCGAGUUACUCGAUCUCUCCAGCAAUCAUUUCCAGGGCCCUAUCCCUCCAAAUAUUAGCCAAAGUAUGCCUGAUUUGAUAUUCCUCUCCCGUUCAAAUAACAAAUUAUCAGGAGAAAUACCGGCUUCAAUCGGGGAAAUGUCAUUACUACAAGUCAUUGAUCUUUCCAUGAAUGAUUUAACUGGAAAGGUCCCAAAUAGUAUUGGAAAUUGUGCUUAUCUGAAGGUUCUAGACCUAGGAAACAACCACUUAUCAGGUACAAUUCCAGAUUCUCUGGGAAUGUUGAACCAGCUUCUGUCAUUGCAUUUAAAUGACAACAUGUUUACGGAUGAGCUCCCAAUUUCCUUUAAAAAUAUGUCGCGCUUGGAGACUCUGGAUGUUGGAACAACAGACUAUCAGGAAGUAUUCCAACCUGGUUUAUGUACAGCUUCAUGGAUCUCAGAAUACUCAGCUUCAGACUGA